AUGGGACACCUGACGCGACGCAGCAGCCUAAUGGCCAUAGUCCUGUGCCUGGUACUCAACACAAAGCACCUCUCGGUGCAUGGCGAUGCCUCGCACAUUGAGUCCGCCGCCCUGCCCCUCGAACACAGGGCCGGCUACGGUCCACCGGCGCCCAUUUACGGAGCGCCCCAGGGACCACUGAGCACCGGAGCCACCAACGAUGUGUCCGAGGAGGCAUGGCCCCUCGCCAGCACCAACGACAGUCCGCAGAUCAAGCACCUGCAGGUGCAGUGCGAGAAGACCCACAUGCGGGUGAACAUCGAGUUCGACCGGCCCUUCUACGGCAUGAUCUUCUCCAAGGGAUUCUACAGUGAUCCCCACUGUGUGCACCUGAAGCCCGGCACCGGCCACCUGAGCGCCACCUUCGAGAUCUUCCUGAACAGCUGCGGCAUGACCAGCUCGGCCAACCACAAUGCCGCCGGCUAUGGAGCGCCCACGCCAUCGGGCAGCUAUGUGGAGAACACGAUCAUCAUACAGUACGAUCCCUAUGUGCAGGAGGUGUGGGAUCAGGCUAGGAAGCUGCGCUGCACCUGGUACGAUUUCUACGAGAAGGCCGUCACCUUCAGGCCAUUCCAGGUGGACAUGUUGCAUGCGGUGACCGCUAACUUUCUGGGCGACAACCUGCAGUGCUGGAUGCAAAUCCAGGUGGGCAAGGGACCAUGGGCCUCCGAGGUAUCGGGCAUUGUGAAGAUCGGACAGACGAUGACCAUGGUGCUGGCCAUCAAGGAUGAUGAGAACAAAUUCGAUAUGCUGGUGCGCAACUGUGUGGCCCAUGACGGCAAGCGGGCUCCCAUCCAGCUGGUGGAUCAGAAUGGCUGCGUUGUCAGGCCGAAGAUCAUGAGCAAGUUCCAGAAGAUCAAGAACUUCGGACCCUCCGCAUCGGUGGUUAGCUUCGCCUACUUCCAGGCCUUCAAGUUCCCCGACUCGAUGAAUGUGCACUUCCAGUGCGUCAUCCAGGUGUGCCGCUACAACUGCCCCGAGCCCAAGUGCGGUCCCGGUUUGCCGGGUGGCGAGUACGGUCUGCCCCAGAUUGGCGCCAAUGGUCUGUCCGAGGAGUACGGUCCCCCAGAGGCCUAUGAGCGCAACGAUUUCGCCUUGGGCGGCCCCGGAGUUCUGCCACCAGCUGCCUAUCCGGAUCCACGUCACCCUGCCUCCGAUGCCACUGGAGCCUACUCCGAGAACCAACCGGAUGUGGUGCCCUCGCCUCAGGCUCAGACCUCGGCGGCCGUGCCCACCGCUGACUCUGGAACCGUUUCCGGACCAGCCAGCUCGCAGUCGCCACAGCCUCAGCCCACUGGCAGCAACGAACUGGGUCUGCCGCCACCACCACUGCCAGGACAGAGCGGUCAGUAUAGCACGGUGAAGCGCAAGGAUGACCUGAGUGCCGGUGGCAACCUGGUUUCCCUGGGUGGACGACCCCGCUCCGUGGAGGGACUGGACGAUCUGCGCGGCGUGCGCCGGCGCAGGGACACCAUGGACAUUGUGGUGAAGCCACAGAGGAUCUACAAGCGGAAUGCGCAGGAGAUGACCGAUGUGAACACCAGCCGGAUCAUUCAGGUGGUGGCGCCCGGAGACGUGAACUUUGCGCUGAACAGCAAUGCCAGCAACGAGACGGUGGUCAUCCAGUCGGCCAGGUCCGCGGAUGCGGAGACCAUCUGCAUGUCGGUGCCCAGCUUUGUGGGAGGAUUGGUGAUGCUGCUGCUCGUCCUGGCCGUCGCCUCUCUAGUCGCCGCCUUCCUCUUCGUCCGCGUGCGCCACUUCGAUCGCAAGGGCGCGGGCAUGGCCUAUGUGAACUAA